GCCCUUGGGAGGCAGAAUUAAAUAAAGCCCUAUUGCACUCAUCCCGUUGAGACUCGCUGAAGAUCCCUCGCGUUUGGAGAGAGCAUCCGGAAGGGUCUGAUGGUCUAUCUGAUGCGCUCUCAAGAAGGGUGAGGAAACUGAGGCCCAGAGAACUGAGGUGACUUGCCCAAGGACACACAGCAGGGGCUUCGAUUUUGUCCCAAGCUUCACAGGGAGAACAAGAGAUGCAGCUGUGGAAUGAGAUAGAGGAAGCUUGCUCGACUUUCUUGACCAAAGGCUCUCAGUCUCAGGCAUCCAAUGCCCUGGAAGAACUUUGCUUUAUGGUUAAGGGAAUCCAACAGAAGCCUCAGGAAACAGGUGAAAAAGACAACAACAAGAGGUUCUUGUUUCAUUAUACCAAGGUCCAUGAUUCAGGCGACUCGGAUGUCAUGGCGUCUAUCAUCCAUCCUCUGCUGCAGCUGAUUCCCCAGCUGCAUGAGAGAAGAAUUAAGAGAAGAAUGAGAAAGCAUGAAGUGGAGGAAGAAUUCCCAGGUCCGGGAGGAAUUCAAAGUCGAGGCUUCUUUCUCUUCAGGCCACGCAAUGGAAGGAGGUCCACAACAAGAUUCCCCUGAAAAGAUCAUGUAUUUCUUGAAGCAAUCAUAAAAGAAUGCCGAGAACGUGACCAUGUUAUUUUCCUCUCAAAAAAUUCCUUGUGACUUUUAUAACUCUUGAAUGAAACGUUAAAUGCUCCACAAUUAGGUUUGGUUAAAGCUGCAAAUGUCUCUUUCGUUUCUUAAACACAUUAAGUGCAUCUUAAAUAUUCAGCUGUUUCCUACUUGUCUAUGUUUGCAAUUGUGAGUAAUAAAAUUGUGAAUCAUUU